AUGAAUAAUAUCAAUGUGACAUCAGAUAAACAUGGAAUACGUGAGCGAAAUAGUCAUGAACUGUAUUGGGACGAUUUGAACAAGGGAAAAUUUCUAAGCCUGCUCACUGCUAGUUCGCUAGUAGUACGAACAUGUUUUCAUCCAUUAGGUCUUAUUAAGGUUCGUCUUCAAACCGGUACCAAUGGUAGCAUAUCAACAGCGCAUAUGAUUAAACAAAUAUGGUACAGAGAAGGACCAGUACGCGGUUUCUAUCGCGGCUUUCCACUUAGUCUGUCAAGUCUUAUUUUCGAACCUGUUUUCACAGGAAUACUAGAACAAAUGAGAACAGUACUAAAAAAUAAUCGACCUAAUCAGAUCUCUUCUGCUCAGUGGGAUAUUAUAACUGGUACAUUGUCUGGCUGUAUAGCGGCGUUGAUUUAUCAAUCUUUAACUGUACCUCUUGAUGUAACAGCACAACGCAUUAUGAUUACUAAAAGUCGCGAUGGCGUCCAUGUUAGCAAUAUUAUUCGUGAUAUUUAUUAUCGGUCAGGCGAUGGAUUUUGUGGUUUUUAUAAGGGUUAUAUGGUAUCACUUUCUAUGUCGAUCCCAUUUAAUUCAAUUAUUUGGACAAUGUAUUGGCAAGUUCAAGCAAAGCUUGAAAGAAUCAUUCCCUAUCAACAUAAUCAACUCGUAGCUCCUCUUUCAGCUAUAAUCGCGUCUCUCUUAACAUCACUUUUAACUCAACCUAUUGAUGUACUUAAAACUCGUCUUCAAGUAGCUGCAAAACGACAAUCACUUUGGAGAACAUUUCAACUUCUAAUUGAUGAACGUGGUUUCAGAGGUUGCUUCUCAGGAUCUUUACCUCGAGCUUGUACUAUUGUACCAUACUAUUUAACAAUGAUGUCUCUCUAUGAAGUAAUCAAAAGAGCAUCGGUUAGAUCUAUUUCGAAUUAA